UGGUCAGUCUGAUGAUCAGCUUGUGCAUUUCUGCAGCAGCUCCACAGCGUGCAGCAGGAGCUGGACAGACACUGUGUUCCUAUAUGAGUGUGUAGUGUUUGUAUACUUUGUAUGUAAGGAGGAGGCAGCACGGUUAAAGUGUUUCGGCUCGGAUGUGUCAGAGCUGAAACACUUCCUCAUCCUGCUUCACUCUCAUUACUCUCAACAUCAACGACUCACGGCCCAACUCAGAACAGACUGGCUUCAUACUGUAUGUGACACACUGGUUCCAUAUCAUCUUAUUUAAGUUGAAAAAGUCUCUUACCUUUGUCAAGCUACCAGCGUGAAGGUUCUGUGCGACUUUAAGAAGCACCGGAGGAAUGUGAGAACUGAGCACGUCCUCCUUCCCUCUGAACGAUGCCUCGUUCCUUCUUGGUGAAGCGAGGAGGGCUGAUCCACCCUCGGCCCGCAGCAGGAAGACCCAGCCCCAGAUCCACCCCAGUGACAUUCAACCAGUUAGAAAAGAAGUUGGGGUCCUCCUGGGAGACGAGACUGAAGGACUCCACAACAGAGACCCCCAAUGAUAACACAGAGUCCAUCACGUUACUGCAGCCAGACCUUCCUGCUGCCGCUCACUCACAUGAGAGAGGACACCUUCAGCCACUGAGUCCCACAACUUAUGACUGUGGACCUGCUGAGCCUUUUAGCCCGAUAACUUGUAUCCCUGUGGAGAGAGCGGACUCGGACGCUCUAACACCAGCCUCUUGGUCCAAACCUCAUGUGAGCUCAGGAUAUCCUGACAAAUCUUCAGCAGUUCUAGGCAACCUGACUCAGCAGCCCCUGAUCCUGAGGGAGACCAGGAGCGGAGGCUGCUCCAAGACCAGUGCUCCGAGGCAAGAGUGUCCACUCUGUAGCAAGAUAUUUUCCUGUGUGUCCAGUCUGAAGACUCACGAAUGCAGGAGUCAUGGAAGCAGAGCACAUCUCUCCCCAGCACACAUCACGUCCAGCAGGACAAAUACUCUGCGGUCACCGUGCAGGGGCAAGGAGCGGACGUUUGGCUGUGCCGUGUGCGGGAAAGUGUUCAAGCGCUCCUCCACCCUCUCCACUCAUCUGCUCAUACACUCAGACACACGGCCGUAUCCCUGCCAGUACUGUGGCAAGAGGUUCCACCAGAAGUCUGACUUGAAGAAACACACCUUCAUUCACACCGGAGAGAAGCCCCACGUGUGAGAUAUGUGGGAAGGCGUUCAGCCAGGCUCCAACCUCAU